AAAUAUACGAUGCUAACGGCUGGGCACCAUUUUAGAGUCCGAAACUCUCUCUUUUCUUUUCUCUUUCUUACCUUGCUGGAGGAAUGCUGAUCAGUGAUCUUGUGAUUAAUAAACAUAGUUUCCUAGCACCAUUUACUAUUUUUGUUUUUAUUUUGUUUUUUUUUGUAAGAUUUUGUUUUUGAUUUCUAACAAAAUAGACUUGCAGAUUGUCAGCAGAAACUUUCUUUUCCCCAUUUUAUUUAUACAGCAGUUGAAUUCUCAAGAAAAGUAAAAUCCUUUUUUGUCCCCACAUUUGGAACCCUCGCCACCUUGACCAGAGUGCUCCUGCAUCAAUCCAGGAAACCAAAAACAUAUGAGUAUAGGAAAAAUAUACCCUUUUGCGUAUAUAUAAUUUUCCGUUUCUUACAUGCUGGAAAUAUUAUAUCAUAUAUAAUUGUGAUGCCGAGUUUCUGGUCUGGGGUUUUCGAGUUUUAAUCUUUUGGGGUCUACAUUGUUUAAAAUUCUUGAAAAUUUAUCUGUUCUAAGAUCUUUUGAACUGGGUCAUUUAGUUGUUAGAUUUCUUGAUUUUCUUAGAGUUUGUGUCAUCUCUGUUUGAACCUCCAAACAAUCUUUUGGAGUUUAUGUUCUUCGGCACAUUCGGGAUAUAGGUCCUUCAGAAGAAUUAUUAUUUGGGGGAUAUUUGAGUGUAAUUCUCUCCUUAUAAAUAUUGAGAAAGUUGAGAAUUAAUUAAGGUCUUAAAUAUUUUGAAAGUGGGUCUGCAUCAGAACACGACAUUGCAAAUUGAAUGGUUUGUAAAAGCUGAUUAUGUGUACUUCAUCCAUUUUGGAAAACAAGUUGUUCACAACACCAUGGGCAGCAUUUGUUCCAAGGGAUCAGAAGCUGCUAAUUAUAUCACAGCUACUGAUAAUGCAAAUAAAGGAAAAGAGUUAACAAAGUCUUCUGUACAGACAGUUGCUCCCUCAUGCCGGGAGGUGGUUAAAUUGGACCUCACUAAUACUACAAAAGAUGGCUCUGGACAUCCCCACCCAAAGCGAGAACCUGAAAGAAACACAACCUCAGUUCCUGUGCUAAAAGUCGAGAAUGACGGGAAAACGAGAAUUAUUGAGAGGCCAAAAAAUGGCCACAGGAGGCGAUCAACCGUAGAUCUUGGGAUUAGCGGGGUAUCAAAUUCAGUUUCUAGGAUAGUGAGCAUGCCACACGGCGCAAAGGGAGAACAGGCUGCUGCUGGGUGGCCAACCUGGCUAAGUUCAGUUGCUGCCGAGGCCAUCCAAGGGUGGCUUCCUCGAAGUGCAGAAUCAUAUGAAAAAAUAUGCAAAAUUGGGCAAGGGACAUAUAGCAGUGUUUACAAGGCCAGAGACCUGAAAAACAAUAAAAUUGUGGCAAUGAAGAAGGUAAGGUUUGUGAAUAUGGAUGCAGAAAGUGUCCGCUUCAUGGCGAGGGAAAUAUGCAUCUUGCGUAGACUGGACCACCCAAAUGUCAUGAAACUUGAGGCUGUUGUGACAUCAAGGGUAUCAGAGAGCUUAUAUCUGGUUUUCGAGUACAUGGAGCAUGACCUUGCUGGGCUUGAGUCAUUGCCAGGUGUCAACUUCACCGAACCGCAGAUUAAAUGCUAUGUGCAACAACUAUUUUCUGGAUUGGAUCACUGUCAUAGUCGUGGUGUGCUUCACCGAGACAUCAAGGGCUCAAAUCUUCUAAUCAAUGACAAUGGUGUUCUGAAGAUUGGAGACCUUGGACUGGCCACCACCUUUCAUCCUGAUAAAAAAGAGCCUUUGACAAGUCGAGUUGCAACUCUGUGGUAUAGAGCUCCUGAACUUUUGCUAGGUGCAACAGAUUAUGGAGUGGCCAUUGAUAUGUGGAGUGCAGGUUGCAUCCUUGCAGAACUAUUUGCAGGCAAACCUAUCAUGCCUGGAAGAACAGAGGUGGAGCAAAUGCAUAAAAUCUUCAAGCUUUGUGGGUCUCCAUCAGAGGAGUACUGGCGGAGAACAAAAUUUCCUCACGCCACUAGUUUUAAACCACAGCAGCCGUACAAGCGAUGUGUGAAUGACACCUUCAAGGACUUCCCACCUUCAGCAUUAGCUCUUGUUGAUACCUUACUUUCUAUAGAACCCGAGAAGCGCGGAACUGCUGCUUCUGCACUAAACAGCGAGUUUUUCACAACAAAACCCCUACCAUGUGAUCUAUCAACUUUACCCAAAUAUUCACCAAGUAAGGAACUUGACUCAAAAGUUCGAGACGAAGAAAGAAGGAGAAAAGCUGAAAGCGUGAAAGGGCGUCGAGGUGAAUCUACAAAGAAGAAUGCAAGGGACCCAAACGGACCACCUGCAGAAUUCAGUGCUCAAGGACAGGGACGAUCUAAUAGAAGUGCAAGCGUGAAGUACAACCCACUGGAGGACAGUGGGGCAGGAGGGUUCCAUAUGGAACAACCCGCAGCAGUAAAAUAUAGGAAUGGCAUCACCCAUUCUAAUUCGGUGAUCCAUCCAAAUAUGUCUGGUUAUGCCAGGGAGGGUCACAAAGUAAGGGAUGGUGACGGAGGUAAAACAGUUCAUGGGCAAACCUUCGAUUCUUCCCAUCAUGGUGAAGACCUUCUAAGAGAUGGAUCUCAAAAGAGGCGACAAGUUAAUGUGUUGUUAAGUACUUCGAGAGAUGAAAGAUUAUCUGACCAGGACCCCGCCACAGUUUAUGUUCCGAGAAGAAGUAGAAUUCUUUGCUCUGGGCCAUUGGUGCCUCCCGGAGGAAACAUGGAAGACAUGCUGAGGGAACAUGAGAGGCAAAUUCAAGACGCAGUUCGCAAAGCCAGGACCAAAAGGAACUGCUACUACGAUUAAUAACUCAACCUUAUGAUCAUCUGAAGGUGUCCAGCUUCAAUUGAGGUCACUCAGAGUCUUGAUAUCCAGAAGGGCAAGACUGGUCUGGGUUCAGGUGCCAACAUUGUUUGUAUUUGGAUUACUAUAAUGGGAGAGACUUACGAAAAUCUGUAUAGAGAGUAGGGAUGGGUAAACUAUGCCUAUAAGUUGGGGAUGUUUGCUCGUCCAUACUGUUUAUACAUCCAUAUAUACACGCUAUGUACCUAUUUAAUUUGGUCCAACGGCAGUCUGGGAAAUGGAAGUUCACUUGCAGGCCUUUGUUACCUGCCUUUCCAAAAGUUUGAUUUUGUCAUGAAGAAAAAGAUAUAAAAUCG